AUGUCGUCGUCGUCGUUGUCGGCACCGCCUGGAUCGGCAAAAAUAAGCAGUUUGUCAUCCGUCAAGCGACAGCACCUGCUCACGGAGUUUGCUGGCCUCAAACAAGCGUGUCCGCAGGGUAUCUAUGUGAGCCUCACACAGGGCGACCCGACACUAUGGUCGGGUGUAUUGUUUGUGCGGAAGGGCCCCUAUGCCCCCGCCAUCCUCCGCUUCCACAUCUCCUUCCCAGACACCUACCCUUCCCUGCCGCCGCUUGUCACGUUUUCUACCGACAUGUUCCACCCGCUGCUCACCCCGCUGACGACGUACAUGUACUCUACCGACGUGCAGGACGGCGGCACGGCGAGCGCAUUUGAUGAGGAGCGGCUGCCGCCGGGUGGGUUCAGUCUGCGGCACGGGUUUGCGGGGUGGUUUGGGAGAGGGGGUCGUGCUGUGAGUGGUGCUUCGGGUGGUAGUGGUGGUGUGGCUGUGGGUGGUGGGAGUGGGAGUGGGAGUGGUGGUGGAAAGAUGAUGCUGCGGACGCCCACACGGCCAGUCGCCACGGCGACCGGGACUACACCAGUGUCUGUAGCUGCUUCCGCAACAUCCGCUGCCUCAGCUGCCGCGGCAUCCGUGGCGUCCUCCUCGGCCUCGAUGCCCGGGUAUGCCCGGCCCGGCCGGCCCAAGGAGGUGUCGACAUACGAGGUCCUGCGGUACAUUCGCAGCGCAUUUGACGACGAAGAUGUGCUAGACGCCGUCCCGCUUGAGGCCGCGGGGAAUCCGGGGGCGUGGCAUGCCUGGCGCACGCACCGGAGGCAGCAGCAGACUGCGGGGACCGGGAAGCCGUUGCCCGUGCCGGGAUCCGGAUCGGCAUCGGCAUCAUCGGCGGUUGAAUCCGGGGCCAGGACCGGGGCUGAGACUACGGCGCGGCGUCCGAACGAGUGGAAUUGGGAAGGGGUUUGGGAGGAACGGGUCAAGCGUGGUGUUGCGGCAAGCCUGUCCGAGGGCGUGUUGUUUGGGCAUGCCGGGACAGCGGAUGAAGUGAUCAACUUCCUCAGCAUGGACGACGCCGAGAUAGAAGGGGCAAAGUCCAACUUACUUCGGACGCUUGGCGCGGCUGCAUGA